AUGUUUUGGUGGCAUCAAGUUUCGAGUGAAUCAACAAAUGGCCUGAUUUUGCUUCGUAAUAUCGGUGUUGGAAAAUCAUUCUUAGGUAAUAUUCUCUCGGGUCAUGGUUCAUUUCAACACGAAUGCAGCCCAUCUUCAGUGACACAUCAUAUACAAUUUCAAACAACUACUCUCGGACAAACACUAUACUCUGUAGUUGACUUGCCGGGUCUUCUCGAAGAUGAUCUAUCUGCUGUUGAUCGUAGUAAACAAGAGAUUUAUAAGGCAUUUCAGCAGUUUCCAAAUUCGGUUGUUGUCUUUGUUUUCAACGGGCGUGAGGGUGGUCGUAUCCGUAAUGAAGAUCGAGCAGCGUUUGAAGCUUUACAUCGUGUUUUCGCUUUUCAAUACUUAUCAUUAGUGUUGAUUAUGAAUGACUUACCACGGCAACGUUCGACCAACUAUGAAAUCGACACAACAGUCAAACUGCAAGGCUAUUGA